AUGCUCCGCGUCGGUCUCCAGCGCGCCCGCUUCGGCCUCGGUUGCCGCGCGUUGGCUUCGUCGCCCGUGACGCCGAUGUUGCGGCAGUACCUCGAGCGCAAGAAGGAGUACCCUGAUUGCCUUUUGCUCUACCAAGUGGGCGACUUUUACGAGCUCUUUGCCGACGAUGCGCGCCGCGCGUCGCAUCUCUUGAAUCUGGCGCUGACGCGCAAGGCGAAAUCCAAGCAAGCGCACGACAUGGACAUCAUGUGCGGGUUUCCGGUCGCGUCGCUCAACACGUACGUCGAGAAGCUUGUUCGGCACCACGGUGAGAAGGUCGCCAUCUGCAACCAGACCGAGUCGGCGACGGCCGCCAAGCAGCGCAAGGGUGUCGGCGUCCAUGCGCUCGUCCAGCGCCACGUUGUGCGGGUGGUCACGCCCGGGUCGCUCACGGACGACUCGAUGCUGCACGCCGGCCAAAACAACUACCUCGCGGCCAUGACGCACCUUGGCGAGUCGCUAGAGCUCGCGUGGACCGACGUUUCGACGGGCGAGUUUCAUCGCUUGGCGACGACAUUGGACGAGCUCGAAAGCGAGCUUUGCCGCCUCAAUCCGACCGAGAUGCUCCUCCCGAUCAACGCCACGGCGAGUGCAACGGAUGUGUUUUGGCAGCUCGUCGAGGCCAAGCUGCCCGCCCACUGUCUCAAGACGUACCGACCGGCGUCGGCGUCGGCGUCGGCCAUGAUCACCGAGUACCUUCGGUACACGCACCUCGAGACGGACGCACCGGAAAAUGCCUCGGCGCUGCAGCCGCGCAUGCUCAUCGACGCGAGUGCGUGGCGGUCGCUGGAGAUCACCAAGUCGAUGCACGGGACCAAGCAGCACAGCCUUCUGCAAGCCGUUGACAAGACCAAGACGGCAGGUGGCGCGCGGCUCCUGGCGGCACACCUCUCGGCGCCGCUCGUGCGCGUUGAUGACAUUACCAAGCGUCAAGACGCCGUGUCGUGGCUGCUCCAGGAUACCCACGGUCUCUCCAAGCUGCGUCAUAUUCUGCAGGAGUGCGGCGACAUUGAGCGGAGCCUCCGGCGUCUUGCGAUGGGCAAUGGGACGCCGAAAGACCUCAAGCGAGUACGUGACACCGUGCUCGAGAGUCAAGCGCUGGCGCACUACUUGCGGGACGGCCCGCGCCACUGGCCGUGCGAGCUCAUUACGCGUCUCCGAGACGCCUUUCAUGUGCCCGAAGGUACGCGAUUUGUCAUGAAAGAUUAUGACAAUAUUGACCAAAAACGUCUAGUCGUCGCCAUGGCCAUCGACGUGCAAGCGGCGCUCGUCGACGACAUGACGCAACUCAACCAAAAGCACGAUUUUAUCCGCCCCGGGUAUUCAAGUGAACUUGAUAAAUGGCGCCGUCUCUGCCACGACUCGGUGACCGACCAGAUUCGAGACCUCCAACGCGAGUACCAGACGCUCACGGGCGUUGCAAAACUUCGCGUGGCGCGCAAGAAGCAGCACGUCGGCUGGUGUGUCGAAGUGCCCCAAGACACAUCGCCGCCGCUCGCCCCGCCCCAUUUUCAGCUGAUCCAAACGACAACCAAGACGCUUCGGUACCGGUCGCCUGCCCUCGACAAGCUCAACUCGGAUGUGUUUCACGCGUUGGACCAGAGUGUCGAGGUCGAGGAAGCGCUCUUCAAGGAGCUGCAAGGCCGUGUCUUGGCGGUGUCUGCCGCCAUUGAGACUUUGGGCGACGCGUUGAACCAGCUCGAUGUCGCGGCCAGUCACGCCCAGAACGCGUUGGACCACCAACUGGUGCGACCGACGCUGUCGGCCACGUCUGCCGACAUGCACAUUGUCGAGGGGCGUCACUGGGUCGUGGCGUCGGCGCACGAAGCCAACUUGCGCGCGUUUGUCCCCAACAGCUUGCAUUUCAGCUCCGACGACUCGUGCUGGAUCGUCACGGGGCCCAAUAUGGGCGGGAAGAGCACGUUUCUGCGACAGACGGCACACCUCGUGCUCCUUGCGCAGAUGGGCAGCUUUGUACCUGCUGUGAGCGCGCACAUUGGCAUCGUCGACCGCCUUUUUAGUCGGGUGGGCGCGUCGGACGAUCUCGCGUCCGAUCGGAGCACGUUUAUGGUUGAAAUGCAAGAGACUGCGACGAUUCUCAAGCAGGCAACGAAUCGAUCGCUCAUCCUGAUGGACGAGGUUGGCCGCGGCACGUCGGUGCAAGACGGCGUCGCCAUCGCCCAAGCCGUGGUCGAGGAGCUCCUUCGGCGCCAGAGCCGGACGCUCUUCGCGACCCACUUUACCGAACUUAGCAGCAUUUUUGCCAACGCGCAAGCCGUAUCGUUCCACCACAUGCAAGUCGCUCGCCACAAAAAGGCAGGUCUGAUCUUUUCCCACCGCGUCGUGCCUGGCGUCGCCAAAGAAUCGUACGGUGUCGAAGUCGCCGCCCUCGCCGGCUGCCCCGCCAACGUCGUCGAGCGGGCCAAGGCACUCGUGCAGCGCCAGAAAGAUGCGCUUGCCUCGGCGGCAGAGACCCCGUAGCUUUCGUCGGGCCACCUGCGACGUGUUUGCUCGUGCGACGGGGCAGCCGUACGCUGCC